AUGCCAAUGGUUAUCAAAGUUUUCUCUAAGGAUUUGGUUGAAGCUGGCGAGGCCGUUGAAGAAGCUUUAGAUAAGAAUGAAGAAGGCAUGACAGUUCUAAUGGCGGAGGCUGAUAAGCUGAGGCUAGAUACAAUUAGGACGAUCGUGGAGGUUUUGACUCCUGUUCAAGUGGCGGCUCUUUUGCUCUCCCUGAAAAGAUUACACGUUUCGUUGCACGAGUGGGGAAGAGGUAGAGAAGAGUGUUGUCUCGUGUGUGCAGCCGCUAGAGGUGGAGCUGGGAAGUCAAAGAGAUCAGCCACUUGUUGA